AAUUUCCUCAAUGUACUUUGCAUCCAUACCUCAAAAACAAAAUUUGUAUAAUUAUACACUGUCUGAGGUCAAAACCUAUGUCAAUAAAAAGCAUCAGUUUUUCUUCCAGGAGAUUGAAUCAGUCAUCAAAAAUAUCUGUUCUCAUGACAACGCCAAUAAAACAUUGAAGCAGCAAAAUGAUACCACCAAAACAGACACUGAAUCUAACAUGGAAACUGAAACUAAUUCUAAUGAUAUUCAAUGUGCCAAUGGAGAUGACACUGUUAGAGCUUUUGAUGAGACUGUUGAUGGUAAUGAGAAGAUGGAAGAUGAGGAUAAUGAGGCCUGUAUAUCUAAAGACCCAUGUGUGUCCUGUCUAGGUAUUCUUCAGGGGCAGUAUGAAGAGGAUUACCUACAAAAG